ACCUCGAGGAGAACAGAGUAAAGAGAAGGAAGAGCAGCAAAAUCAGCAGCAAUGGCCGACAUAGCAACAGACUCGAAGCGCAGAAGAUCAGUAGACGGAGAAGAAAAGAGGAGGAAGAAGCACAAGAAGUCCCAUACCUCAACCGGUGACGACAUGCCCGUCUCUCUCGCCGAGGCCUCCGCUGCCGCCGGUAUCGAAGACGUCAAGGCCACUAUCAACACCGAUCUCGUCGGCUCUCCAUACCACUUUGUCACCCUCGAAGUCCACGUCUCCCUCCCGCCCCUCUACACCGCAAACCCAACCCUCGGCGUCCGCGACCACUUCGACUCCAUGAUCAUGUCCUACGUCCCAGCAGCCCGUGGUGUCAUCCUCGCCCACUCCAACCUCCAAUUCCUCGACCGCUCCGCAAAAGUCAUGUACGACUCCCCCUUCGCCUGCGUCUGGGCGCGUGCGCGAUUCCUCGUGUGGAAGCCUGAACGGGGAGGAAAGUUGGAGGGGUAUGUGAAUUUGCAGAGUCCGGAUCACAUUGGAUUGUUGGUGCAUGGGAUUUUCAAUGCGGCGAUCUCGAGGAAGAAGAUUCCGAAGAAUUGGAGUUUCAAUGAGGAUUUUGAGACGGGUGAGGGACAGUGGACUGAUGCGGAUGGUAAUGUCGUGGACGGAAAGAUUGCGUUUACUGUGAUGAGUUUGAACAGCUCCAGCGAGAUCAUCUCUGUCGAGGGCUCAUUAUUGCCCGAGGACGCACAACCCACCCAGAAGAAGGAGAAGAAGAGCAAGCACUAAGCAACGGGCAGUCAGGACACUGCGGUGUACAGACAAAAAAGUCUAUGGGAAACACACAAAAGGCGUUCUUGGGUUCAUUUCUUUACGAUCGGGUUUCAUUUCUUGCAAAAGCACAU